AAACAACAACGUUGUUUAUGGUCGAUUUCGUCGUUCGAUGUCGUUGUCAAACAGAGAAGUAUAAUUUAAUCGUGUAUUUAUUGAAGAAACGACGAAAUAAAGCAAUUAAACCAGUAUUUUAAUUUACUAUUGUGUUUCAACACGGCAACUAAAAUUAUCGAUUAAGUGGUUCAUUAGAGGGACAGUGUGCAACAGACAAAAUUAUCAAUUGUGUUUGUAUCGUUUCGAUCGUGAUGGCGGGCGGAUUGUGAGAUUUUUGAGAGUUUGAUCGGUGUUGAAACUAGGCGACGGCAUGUGGAACAGCGAAAACGUCUCGCCACAGCGAUCGCGCACGGCGCUGCGUGAACUACGGAGGCUGGCAGCGCGACCCCCGCCAGGAAUCAAGCUGCUAUUGCGAGACGACGACCUAUCCGACAUCACAGCGCUUAUUGAUGGACCAGCGGAGACACCAUACUUCGGCGGCGUGUUCCGCGUACAAAUAAAACUGGGCAAGGAGUUCCCGACGGCUCCACCCCGAGCCUACUUUCUGACGCGCAUCUUCCACCCUAAUGUGAGCCGAGAGGGGGAGGUCUGCGUAAACACACUCAAGCGUGACUGGCGCCCGGAGCUAGGCCUCGAACACGCACUCUUAGCGCUCCGCUGUUUAAUGAUCGCUCCCAAUGCGGAUUCUGCCCUCAAUGCAGAUGCAGCAGAACUGCUCCGGGGACGCUAUGAAGAAUACUUCGCUCGCGCCAAGCUGCUUACUGAAAUACACGCCAAACCUGCCAAGGGACAUGAAACCCAGGAUGAAAACAUUAAUCUCAUCGGCGGCUUGGACGAGCCCGCGCCGGCCGGCAGCGGAGAAGCGGAGGCGGGGGCGGGAGCGGGAGCGGGAGCGGAGGCGGGCGCGGGCGCGGAGGGCCCGGCGGCCAAGCGCGAGCGGCGGCCGCGGGGCAAGCCGGCGCCGGCGCGUGACAAGCGCAAAGUGCUUAAGCGGUUAUGAACGGCCCCCGGGAGACUAAAUUACCAAAUAUUAUGACAUUGAAUUCACAUUAUAUUUAAUAAACUAAUUGAUUGCGAUUAUUA